CUCUCCUCUCUCUUUCGCUGACCUUCACCAUUGUCUUGCUCACCAAGAACAAAUCCCACUCACCUUUUGAACCAGUCAACCUUUCAACACUGAUACAUAAGCAUCCCCAGUUCGAACUUCAUCUUCAUUCUUGUUUGGCUUUCAAUCCAAGCAACUGGGUUCUUAGAUCGCCUUGGUACAGAAAUGGCACUCCCGCUUGUAAAGCUCGGAACUUUGCUGGUGAAAACUAUAAGCAAGCCUGUAGCCGCCAGGCUUAAACACGAAGCUGGGAAGCACCCCAGGUUCCGUGAAAUCAUCGUCAGCAUGGCUCAGGCAAAUCACCGGAUCACGACGAAAAUGCAAAGACGCCUCUACAGUCAUGCAACUGAUGUCGAGAUUCGGCCCUUGAAUGAAGAGAAGGCUGUGCAGGCUGCUGUUGACCUCAUUGGGGAGUUCUUUGUCUUCACGGUUGCAGUAGUUGCUCUGAUUUUUGAAGUGCAGAGAAGUGCCAGAUCAGAAGCCAGAAAGGAGGAAGCACGAAAGCAAGAAUUGGAGGCAAUGAAGCAGAGAGAUGAAGAGUUAUCCAGAGAAGUGGAGCUGCUAAGGAGCAAAUAUGAAGAACUGGAGAAGCUCGCCAAGGGACAAGGUCUCAGUGGUAUAUUCAAUUUUAAGCGUGUUGCUGAUGCACAAGGUGGAAAUUCAGUAAAACCAGCUCGAUCCAGUUAAUUACAAGAUUAUGAAAUAAAUCAUGACAAAGGGAUCUUCAAUUAGUAUCUGUGGGGAAAUGUCUCCCCUUAAUUCUUUUGACCAUUGGUGGUCAAUUCCUAUUGAUAACUGGCAUACACAUUAUGCGAAUGUAGAUGAGUAAAUUGUUUCCAAUUAGAGGUUUUGUUCGAGCAGAUGUGAAUUAAGAAGGGAAUGGAAAUCUGUAUAAACAUUUGUAAUCGAAGUAAGAAGGUUAAUGGCCAUUGAUA